GAGGACCAUUGUGAGAGCAUUGAAGGUUCCGGUAUCCAGCUUAAACAUGUCUUCCUUUAGGAGAGUGUUUGUCGGUGUUUCCUACUUGGCAACAAUAGUGAUUGCGUUUGAAGCUGAGGAAUUCGUGGUACGGCAUACCCUUUAUGGUCGGAUUAGAGGCAGUGUUAAAACUGUGCUGGGUUCCAAGAAGGUUGAACGAUACCUGGGCAUUCCCUAUGCAGCACCUCCUGUAGGAGAACUCCGAUUUGAGAACCCUGAGAAACCAGCUACAUGGAAAGGUAUACGAAACACGACAGUGCUUCCCCCUGCUUGCCCCCAGAUAGCUUCAAAAUGGAGUUACGUGUAUUCACACCGUCCUGGAUUCAAUGACAGUGAUGAAGACUGUUUAUACAUGAACAUGUAUGUCCCGCAGAUUGCAGAAGAUGGCAGUAAGAUGGCGGUCCUUGUUCACGUCCAUGGUGGCAGCAACCUGGUCGGCAUGGGAGCCAUGUUAGAUAUGGACAUCUUGGCAGCACAAGGGGAGAUCAUCGUUGUCAAUUUUAACUACAGACUGGGUGCUCUCGGUUUUUUAAGUGGUGGACAGCCGGAGUUUCCAGGAAACUAUGGUCUGCUGGACCAAACUGCUGCACUGCAAUGGGUUUCUCAAAACAUUCAUUACUUUGGAGGUAAUCCAAGCAAGGUUACCGUCGAAGGACACAGUGCAGCGGCCGCAGAUGUUGGCUACCAUAUUGUGUCCCCACUGUCAAAAGGUUUAUUCCGUUUCGCCAUCAUACAAAGUGGGUCACCAACAGCCCUUUGGGCAUUACAAUCUCAACAUCGAAAGGUUCUUACCAGGUUCAGUGAAGUGGUCGGUUGCAAAAUUUCCAAGGAUCUGCAGGAACUCAAGCAGUGCCUAAAGACAGCGACAUGGAGAGACAUAACGGAUAGACUUUACAUAUCUAAGUGUAUUCCUUCGGACGUUUGUUUGUCCCCUGUAAUUGACGGAUUCUUUGUGGAAAAGCACGCGGACAUUCUGUUUAAAGAGGCUGAACUGAAUGGGGAAGCCUUUAUGGCUGGAACAACAAGGGAUGAAGGAUGGUCAGGUGCGUCCGCUGAAUUUACCGAGCUGCUAACCCCACAUAAAAUGAAAAAAUAUCUUAACAUGUUUUACGAUUUGGUUUCAAUCAGUGUCGUUACACACGAGUACUUCCCUUGGGAUGAUCCUUUGAACAGGACGGCUCAUGUUUUGGCACUCGAUGAGGUAUGGGGAGAUCAUGAGAUAGUCGGUCCUACCUUCGAUGUAGCUAUACGUCUCGCUGCCAGGACGGACAACGUCUACUUUUAUUCAUUUGAUUAUGCAUCACCUUCUGCCAAGGUGCAAGCUGUUCCACAUGGACGAGACCUGUUCUACCUGUUCGGCUGUCCUUUCUCUGGACAUCCCCUGUACAACUAUACGGAGGAAGAUCGCCAGGUCAGCAGAGUCUUCAUGAACAUGUGGAGCAACUUCGUCAAGACAGGGAAGCCUUCGUCAACUGUCGAAACUGAUCCAGUAUACUACCAACAGUUUGAUAGCGAGAUUCAAGCGUACAUGAAAAUCGAUGUGGUUGAUGGGAAGGGAACAAUAAAGACAGCAUACAAGCCUCGAGCUCGCCAGAUGGCUUUCUGGAAUAGUGUGCUGCCACAGAUUAUUGCUCUCCAAUCAAAACCGAUACAAAGUGAAAAAGAAAAAUACGGUCUAUUAACCUGGAGUUUAGCCAUUGUGAGUGGAAUAUUGUUUCUGUGUGUCAUUGCAAGUGUUGUGCUUCUGGUACGAAAGCAUCGUCAUUAUUCACAAGCAAACUAAGAUUUGUUGGUAUAAUAAUGUUUUUCUGUUUGCAUGCAUACAUCAAAAUGUUGCUCUAAGCAGCUUAGUGUUCUGUCAGUAUCUAGAAUGUGAAGUAAUAGAGGGCAUAAUAUCAAAUGAUAGAUUCCUCAAAGGUAGAUACCGCCAUGCCUUGGGAAGAUUAAUUGCUUGUUGUGUAACGCCGCACUCAGCAAUAUUCCAGCGAUGGCGGCGGUCUGUAAAUAAUAGAGCCUGGACCAGACAAUCGAGUGAUGAACAGCAUGA